GUGGGGGGUGUAUUGGAGGUUCAGUCUGUCACUGCAGAACGUCCUCACUUAGGCUUUAACUGAGUAAAAGCCACCUUCUUGAGUCAAGCUGGCUCUCCGAAUGGAUCUUCGGUUGUACAAGAUGGUGUCCGUGGGUUUGAAGUUGAUCAUCACCUGCCUGUGGCUUCUCCCUUCAGCGGGUCAAGAAACAACCAAAGCCUCCGACUUGCCUAGCCAACAAUGGAGAACAGCUGAAGUCAAAAGAGGUGCCGCUGUUGGAGCGGCAUUGAAGGUGAAGCACAUCUCCAAGGACUUACAGAUCAUCUCCACCAAAUACAAAACCCCCGCAUAUGGAUCUCUUGGUCCGUACGGCUGGUCACAGAAUUUUUCUCAAGUUCUCGACCAACAUCUUUACAAUCCUCAGUCCAAACCUCACCCAAAGGUUUCUCCGAAAUCCAAGAAGAUUUUGGGCUGGGGUGACUUUUACUUCAAUGUGAGGACAUUAAAAUUCAGUCUUCUAGUGACUGGGAAAAUCGUGGACCACAUCAACGGCACGUUCAGUGUCUACUUCCGCCACAACUCUUCUCAUUUAGGGAACAUAUCGGUCAGUAUUGUUCCACCUUCGAAAGCUGUUGGCUUGGAGGUUAUGGAUCCAGGACUGCCAAGUAUUCAGACCGGGAAUUCGGUACAGUUACCAGAUCUGGCUUCCCCCUUGCAAUCCACAAGCUCCGCCUCUCCAGACAAGCACAAGCAGCAGCAGCAGGACUUCAUGGUGACGACUGAACUCAACUGCCGCAUCGAGUACCAGAGAACAAACCGGUCCAAGAAGACCAAGCCCUGUAUGUACGACCCGGGUCAGACGUGCUACUCCGAAAACACUCAGUCCCAGGCAGCAUGGAUCUGUGCUAAACCUUUUAAGGUGAUAUGCAUCUUCAUCGCCUUCACUGGCACUGACUACAGACUGGUGCAGAAAGUUUGCCCGGAUCGCAACUUUCAGGCAGACCAGAACCAUCAGCACUUUGGAUGACUGGUUCAAACUGAAGAAUUAAACUGUUCUUCAGUUUUUAAAUUGGUUGAAUUGACAGUGUAAUGAUCCAUUCCACUGAAUUAUUGUAAUUUGUGUCUCCUAAAAAAUAAAAUGCAAUUUGUGCAAUAACAUCAACUGUGUUUAUUUUUAACAAAACAAAGUGUCCUGCGCAUUGAUCUGAUUGCAUUUGAAUACAAUACAGAAGAUUCAUUUUAGCUACAUUUACCUCUCUGAACAUUUUGGAAAAGUCCACCAGUCACAUGAUCCUCUGGAAGUGGCAUGUUCAGAUGCUCUGGAAGCCAUGAGAAGGCUAAAAAUAAGUUCACUAAUUUAGUGUCCUCAUGAUUACGAUAUUUUAACUAUCACUGGGGCAGUUCAAGUCUCAGCACACAACGUGUGUGCCAACAAGCUAUUUCAUGUAUCUCUAUAUUCAAUACACUAAAAAGUGCCUCCUGAUUAUCUUCAGUCCUGUUAUCUAUCAAACGAAGUAGUUUCAAUAUAAUAAACAAUUACAUAUACAAAUAAGGGCGGCUCGGUGGGCAGAGAACAUAAAUUAGCAAGAUGGAUCGAUGGGAGCGGGAUUUGAAGCACACGCUAACUUAGCUUGACUAGCACCACGGCUUGUUUUCUCCUCUUCCGGCAGCGUUUCCACGCUCCAUACGGUUCAGACGUGAAAAGAGUCCAAGUGUAGACUCCCUGAAACUUGGAACAUCUUCUCUAGAGUAAGUAAGCUGCGUAGGGGCGACAAAAAAAACGAAUGAGAAUGACAAAAACAAAGAAUACUCUGCCAUUAGUCUGCGCCAUCUUGGUGAAUUGCUGACAUUGAUCCACCUUCCGUUACACCUGCUGUAAAUUGAGACGGUCUGAAAAGGAAAUACUAUUAAAUACGGUGUAAAUAUUCAAUAUAAAUAUUGUGUCUGCAAAGGUUAGCUUUAUUUAAAUGAAUGAGAAAGGAAAAGCUAUAUCAUGUUUACGAGUUGUAUGGUGCAUUAUUGUUCUAUCUUGUCGCUUGGAGAGCUAUUUUUGUGCAAUUAGUGCGUCUGUACAUGUGGGUUGUUUCAAGUGUGUAAAAAAAAAUGGAUCCUUGAUAAAAAUUCAACGGCACAAUUGAUUUCAAUGAGACGUUGUGAAGGUAUGGAACAUUUUCCAAUGAAGAAUUAAUUAAAUAGUCAUAGAAAUCUUGUUUUGGGUUGGUCCCGUCAUUUUACAUCAAUAUCACACGUUAGGAAGCGUCAGUGAGUUUAUCUCGGUGUGUGUUUGAUAGCUGUGAUUAUUAUCUCAGGUCAGCAAAAGGGGAAACCAGCGCUGCAGACUAUUUUGCUUUGAAUGACGGUUGACUGUACAGCCUGCUGCUCUUUACGUAAGACGUAAUACACCAAAGGCUCAGGAAACAUAAUGACGCCAAAAGAUGAAAGGAGACACACUUCUAUUAUGCUGCAACAAUAAUUUCGUGUGUUUGGACAAAGCAACACACAACUAGAAGCUAACUGACAAACAAGCUAGAACAUAUUAACCAUGGACAAAUUUUCAUUAUCUUCCAUAAGCACCUCAAUGAAAAAAAAAAGCAAAUUUAGGCUUGAGCUGCCUUUUAUUCAGUGAAUUGUUUAGAACUUCAAAAGGUCCAUUAGUUCCACUCCCCUUGUUUCCAGCCCCCUGGGUGAAAGUGUAUUAUGCGGUGUGAUGAAAGUGUUUUUGCACAGGCUCUCUUGCCAUGUUUACCAAAGACGCAAGCUGAGCAAUCACGCACAAACAACAACAAAAAGAGGCAAAACGUUUUUAGUUGAGAAAAACAUUGGCGGCAAAAUGAAAAGUUGCGCUGUAUUCUGCUUUGCAAUCGUACUUUCAAUUUUCAUUUGGUCAUCAAAAAAGUUACUGAUUAUGCUGUAAUUAUAAUCAUAGUAAUAAAAAAAGUGAUGGAUUUUCCUCAAUUACAUUUUUAGGCUGAGAUCAACAAUAUUAAAUGAAAAAUAAACCACAGGACUAAGUUGCUCCGGUUUACAUGCACCAUGCAGCCGUUUGGUAGCAAGUGUUAGUAACGAUUACCGGUACAUUAAAACAUUUGCUUUCUUGCUGCCGCAAUAACUCAGGACCACGACCGCCAUCUUGCAAAAGAUCCAUCAGUCAGCUUCUGCCUUGAACUGACUCGAAACGGCUCACUGACAUGUCAAGUGGUUUCAUGCACGAUGGUACUUGACCGCCACUUUUUUUUUAAUUGAAUUUUUUUUAAUUGCCUCACAUUGGGCAAUACCUGUAGGUGGCAUUUUAUGUCACUCGGGCAAGUUUUGAGGCAUGAGACAUCUCUGGAAAGUUGAAUGCAGCAGAGGAAGCACAGUGCCAGAAAGGAUGAACACAAGUGUCAAAACUGACUGAGAGGUUGAGAUUGUUUUAGUUUUUUUUACUUCCUUUUCCACAGUUCCACCACCCCACCUAUCUCGCGAAUGACAUUAGACACAUGGUUUCACUCCGAGUGCGUG